AUGUUGCCUCUAGUGGCUAGAGAGACCUUCGACGGUAGGAGCUCCUUCAGCGUGUUGUUUAGGGGCUUUGAAAAGGGCGUCGUCUGUCGAAGCGGUAUAAGGCCGAAAACUCGCCGCCAAGUGCGCAUAGGCCGAGUCGUUAUCGACGUGGAUCACGGGUCGCGCCACCCACCACCUUCGAAGCUACAAGUGAUAAGCCUACAUUAGCAUGGAGACCGGCGAGACCGGGCGUCCGCGCGACGAGCGUUUGGGACAAAGGAGACGCAAGUCCCAUCGCCGCCGCGACCUACGCCACCGCCGCGAUUCAAAGACCAAGCAGACUCCCGAGCAGCAGACCCAACAACAACACGUGCCAAGGCUUUGACCCAAAUGUUCGAAGUCAUGGGUGCUGUACCGGGCAAUCGCACCGACCGGUGGUUGCAAGCCACCUUCGCCACCGACGAGUACCCUGUCGCUACCGCUACAUCGCUCAAGUAUUCGGCUCUCAACGCCAAUCGAUCCAUUCGAAACAUCUUCGACUUUGCUCUCGACGUCACUUUGACCGUCCAAGGCGCCUCGAAGGCCUCUCCCGCGGACAAGGCCGAUCUGCUCGGUUGCGUCACGAGACUGCUCUCCCCGCAAUCGCCCCUGUGCUUCGACGCCGAGGUCACCCUUCCGAGCACCUUGCGGCGUUUGCGCCCCAGAUUAGGGGUAUCCAACACUCGUCUUUCGUCAGGGCCGGUGUGGUCAACCACCGUAUCUCCGUGGGAUUCGUUUCGGCGAAGGCACGUGACUCGGCGCUUACGGCCCCACUGGCGCUUACUUGGCACUCUGCAAAGGCUCACUUCGCAAAGGCCCACCACUUCUACCACAACAUGGUCGAGCUGCGUAUCAACGUCGGUGUCGCAGCGGUCCCAUCCAGGGAUGCCAUUGUUGACUCUUUUAAAUCACGCUUUUUUUUUUUUUUUUUUUUUUUUUUUUUACUGGGGCUCAUAAAUUGCAAUCCUUCGGGUUGGCUGGGACCGCUACAAAAAGAGCUAAAAGGGUUAUAA